AUGUAUUUUGGACUACAGACUGGGUGGAUUAGCAUGAUGUCUAUGCAGUCCGCCCUCUUGGGCUACCUGUUUUCACUGUUCUACUCGCGACCGAUGACUCGCCAAGAACUUGUAGUACUUCAAACCACCGCAGUUGCUACUGGGACUAUGCCUUUGGCGGCAGGAUUCGUGGGAGUAAUCCCCGCUCUCGGUCUACUCGAUUACAAACAUGAUAACGCACAUCCGGUUAAAGUUGGACUGUUCGACGGGAUUCUUUGGGGUUGUGCAGUUGCGCUUUUCGGAGUGUUCUUGGCACCUCCGUUGAGACGGCAGAUGAUUAUUAAAGAAGAGCUGGUUUUCCCAUCGGGAACUGCGACAGCACAGCUUAUUUCCGUAUUGCAUGAAACGCAGGAAGGGACACAAGACGAGGAGCGGACAUAUAUAUCGCAAUCUGGAUCUCGCGUGACAAGGCGCCGAGGAUACGAGGCUCUCCCUGCUGAAGAGCCUGAUGUAUCUGACCAAGAUUCUGUGGAUGACGGAGAACAGAACCAGUUAGAGAAUUACGACAUCGCUCAGAGCUGGAAAAUAUUGGGCUCGAGUUUUGCUGCCUCGGCUCUAUUGACCCUGUCGGCGUAUUUCUUUCCCGUUGUUUUCAAUAUUCCAUUAUUUGGAGUAUACCUUGCUCGUGAAUGGCUUUGGUACUUCUCUCCAAGUUUCUCGUAUGUGGGGCAGGGUAUCAUCAUGGGGUUUCCAACCACCCUGAGCAUGAGCCUAGGGAUGGUUUUCGGCUGGGGUAUACUUUCCCCUCUUUCUAAAUUCAAAGGAUGGGCUCCAGGGCCGACGGGGGAUAUGAUUGUAGGUGCGAGAGGCUGGAUAUUAUGGGUCGCUCUAGCCAUAAUAUGCGCGGAUUCAUUUGUUUCCAUUACUCCUACUAUCUACCGGCUCUUGAGAUCGGCAUAUCUUACCCUACUAUCCAAGGGAGCGGUUGUUGUUUCUGAAGAAAUCCCGGAAGACGAGCCUGCGUCGAGACUCGUACCAAACAAAUGGGUUUGGAGCGGAUUGCUCGCGUCGGUGGUGGUAGGAACCGUGCUCGUUUGGUUCGUGUUCGGAUAUGAAGGCAUAAAACCAUGGGCGACUGUACUCGGAUUUAUUAUGGGCGCCGUUCUUAGCCAUCUUGGGGCGAGAGCAUUGGGGGAGACAGAUCUCAACCCCGUGUCGGCUUUAGGCAAGAUCAGCCAAGUCUUCUUUGCUUUCCUCCAGCCUGGGAAUGUUGUCGCCAACAUAAUUGCUGGAGGCGUCGCAGAGGCUGGCGCCCAACAGGCAGGUGAUCUUAUGCAAGACUUAAAGACUGGGCAUCUGCUGCAUGCCUCUCCUCGAGCGCAAUUCUAUGGCCAGAUGAUUGGAUCAGUGCUAUCGAUUUUCGUCAGUGCAAUCGCAUACAACCUCUAUACCCGAGCGUAUACGAUACCUGGUCCACAAUUUCCUGCGCCUACCGCAUAUGUUUGGCUCUCUUUCGCUAGGCUGAUUGGGUCUGGUGGCGGGCUUCCGGAUCAUAUCAAGCCCUUCAUUAUCAAUGCCGCUGUAAUAACGGCAUUGAUUGCCAGCUUCAAGGCACAGGCUUUGACUCGGGGGAAAUGGUGGGCGAAAUGGAUACCCAGUGGUGUGGCUUUUGCUAUUGGUUUUCUCAAUACGCCAAGCUUUACGAUUGCCCGUCUAAUUGGAGGCAUUGCUGAGUUGCUAUACCGACGCCGAGUUGCACGUCUCCGCUCUAAUGGAGAAGCCGCAAGUGAUGUAGAAUGCACUGAUCGCGAAAGCAAGGAGGACGUCUCUGACCACAAGAGCGAGGAACUAUUCAGGUCAUUAGUAACAUGCGGAAUAUGUUUACAAUUGUACGUCGACCCGGUUGCUCUCCUGAACUGUCUGCACCUUGCUUGUGGAGCUUGUGCGAAGGAAUGGCUGAAAAGCUCCAAAUCAUGUCAUGAAUGUCGCGGCCCAGUUCGGGGGGUGCACGAUAGCCACUAUGCUCUUGCAGUGGUUGAAGCGUAUCACUCGGUCGCUCCAAACUCUAGCUUGUGUCAGGAACGAACUCCCGAAGUCAUUGCUGCUUUACGUGAGCAAUAUAAACCAGGCCAAAAAUUAACCAUCGGCGAGGAAAGUGAAGAGAGCUCAGAUGAGAGCCGAAGCGACUCUUCCGAGUCUGAGAAUGAAGACAAUGAAUCGCCUGAAGAAGAGUCAUAUUAUAGGGAACUCCGGCUACAUAAUGAUAGCUGCCCCUUCUGUGAUCGGGCCGGCGGUUCUGGUGGCGAAUUUAUGUGCCCAGUACCAUGUGCCCGACCAGCCGACGAUGUAGGAUCACGAACCGUGCCGGUGGGGCACACAAUAUGUAGCGAAUGUCAUCGGUUUUUGCCGACACGGAGUGACCUCCUUCACUUGCACUGCGCAGUUUGUACUCGAACAACUUGUUCAGAAUUUGGAAAAUCUUGCCUACCGAGUCUUACAGCCGCGGAGGUUAGGGUGGAGUUGGAACUAGGGGUUCUGAGAGACGCAGAUUUUCGUGGCGACUACGAGUUACCUUUGACACACGCUUUUGGCGAUAACGAGUUCGAACGCGAUAUCUUUAGGACAUGGGCUACUAACACGGAUUUUAGCCUUCAGGAUUUAUUCCGUGAAAUCCUUGCUUUUCGGGGCUCAAGCUUACCAAAAGCAUCUUGGCAUGGCAAUGCAAACGAAGCGAUUGGCUCGCCUUAUGUUAGCGUUGAUGAUAAGGUGUGCACUUCGUGUGUAUUGGACCUUGUAGAAGCAAGCCUGUUUGAAUGGUGGAUAUGCAAACGCCAAUCUGGGGCUAUCGAACUUCCAGAGGAUGUUACCACUCGUGAGGAUUGUUGGUAUGGUGUAGAGUGUCGCACUGCUCGCCACAACUACCGACACGCAAUGAACUAUAAUCAUAUUUGUCGAAAGACUUCAAUCGACCAACAAACAGAAAGCCAUGAUUCCCCCGAGAACGGAAACCGCUAUGUUGCCUAUAGUGGUGAUUUGAAUACCACUUUCCCCGCAUUCAGCCCAUCAGCAAUUAUAUUUCGGGACAAGGGAAAAGAGCUGUCUUUCAUGUGCUCCUCAGUCCGCGGUACCGAACCGCUGGCAGAUAUAAUCCCUGGCAAAGCCACUGUUUGGGGGUUUGGCUAUGGGGUAUAUGUUUAUUACGGGGAGGAGGGUCAGGAGCAUCUGCAAGACGGAUCAGUACAGCUCCUGAUAGACACCAAGGGCAUGCAUUGGGUACCAGCCUCGUGUGGGGUGGUCCCAGAGGGCUGUCGUCCAGUAGUUGGAGGUCGCAGAGUUUCUGCUGGCCGAACCCUGGAACUACAUCAUUGCGCUGUAUGGUGGUAUGGCCAAAGGGUUCCAGGCUAUGUUUGCAAAGAUUCUGGGUACGCUGCAAUCACUUGGGGCGGGCAGGAGUGGUAUUUUAAGGACAACUACGAACUCUUGUGCUGGAAAUAA